CGGCUCCCUUUUCUAUACAUCUCAAUUUAUGGACUGCGAUCGACCUCUUGUUCGGGUAUUGAUUUACUAACUCAAGUAUCCAUGGCCGCAUCUAUAGCUGCUGGACAAGAAAUGGCCGUCGAGGCAAAUUCUUUGGAGUAUACUCCAACGUGGGUGGUGGCUGCGGUAUGCACAGUCAUCGUUUUCAUCUCUCUUUGCGCCGAGCGCCUACUCCACCGCCUCGGGAAGUGCUUGAAGCACAAACAACAGGAUGCGCUAUUUGAGGCCUUACAAAAGCUAAAAGAAGAGUUGAUGCUUCUGGGGUUCAUUUCCCUGCUAUUAACCGUCUUUCAAGGUCUGAUCAGCAACAUAUGUAUCUCAAGAAAUUUUGCAUCUAACAUGCUUCCAUGCAAGGAAAAUCGUCUUUUUUCUCUUGGGGCCAAGCCGAAGGGGAGGAGGCUUUUAGCCGAAGCUUCUAAUUCUGUACAGUGUGCAAAGGGAAAAGUUCAAUUAUUAUCGCUUGAAGCAUUACAUCAACUGCAUAUUUUCAUCUUUGUACUGGCAGUUGUGCAUGUAAUAUUUUGUGCCACUACUAUGGUUCUUGGAGGGGCAAAGAUACGCCAAUGGAAGCACUGGGAGGAUUCAAUUAGGCACGAGACUGGGAAGCAAAGACAGGUCUCCACAACGUUGAACCCUGGACAUGGUCACCAUAAUCUUGACUUUGUCAAACAGCGUGCCAUGGGAUUUUGGAGAAAGUCAGCUGUUGUUGGCUGGAUUAUGUCAUUCUUCAAGCAGUUCUAUGGCUCUGUAACCAAGUCAGAUUAUGCUGCAAUGCGGCUAGGAUUUAUCAUGACCCACUGCCCUUUGAACCAGAAUUUUGAUUUUCAUAAGUACAUGAUGCGGACACUUGAAAUUGAUUUUAAGAGAGUUGUUGGUAUAAGCUGGUAUUUGUGGCUGUUUGUUGUGAUCUUCUUGCUGCUGAAUGUUGAAGGAUGGCACACGUAUUUUUGGUUAUCCUUCUUACCUUUGAUUCUUCUACUUCUUGUGGGUGCUAAGUUAGAGCACAUCAUCACCCGUUUAGCUGAAGAAGUUGAAGAGAGGAGAACAGAUGAUCCCAGAGCACCACCAGUGAAGCCAUCUGACAAACAUUUCUGGUUUGGCAGACCUGGCAUUGUUCUUUACUUAAUACACUUCAUUUUAUUUCAAAAUUCAUUCGAGAUUGGAUUCUUCUUCUGGAUAUGGUGUACCUACGGACUUCAUUCAUGCAUCAUGGAAAAAGUGGGCUACAUCAUCCCUAGGCUCAUCUUAGGGGUGGUUGUUCAAGUGCUCUGCAGCUACAGCACCUUACCUCUGUAUGCUAUUGUCACUCAGAUGGGUAGCAUGUUCAAGCUGCAAGGCUUGUUUGACGAGCAUAUGGAGGGGCGUAUGGAAGCACUACAGAGUUGGGUUGAGGAAGGAAAGAGAAAAAAGAAACGGCCAUUGUGGAAGAUUUUUUCUCAUCAAAGGACAGAGGGCGAGCAGUCCCAUUCAAUUCAAAUGCAGGCUAUGGCUAAUCACACAGUCAGAGACACUUCUAUUGCUGAGGACCCAGAGUUUGUCGUCGACAUAAUUACAACAUCAGAACAUUCAAACUCAAAACAAACUCAAAACUUAUCUUGAGCAUCUCCUGAUAGCGAUCCAUCACUGAUAGCACUUGGUUUCCUUUAAUCAACUACUCACUUUCAAUGUAUACAAUAUACAAGAACAAUCUCCCACAGGUAAUAUUGAACUUUCAAAGGAAGCAAAUAGCUAUUGCGGCAACUGAAGGUAUCAAAAUCGUUUA